CCGGGCUCGGGCUGUCGGGGAAGCUGCUGAGCUGUGAUGGUGAUGACGAGGUGAAAAUGGCGGAUCUUUCGAAAUACAAUCCCGGCCCCUGACAUACCAGAGGCGGCGGCGGCGGCGGCGUCGCCACCCGGGCUCCCUCCUCGGCCCCCGGGUCCCCUGUAGCGCUCGAGUUCGGGCAGACUGGGAAAGGAAGCGGCUGGCCGGAGCUACCGUGCACAGGCAAAACAAGCACCGCCCGGGCUCGGAAUUGCCCGGGACCUUCUGGAGCCCCCACCUCGGAGCCGGAGGGAGGAGAAAGCGGCAGCCGCUGGAGCGCCUGAUCAACUUUCUAGCUGGAGAACGAUCAUGGAGGUGGUGCCAGCUGAGGUGAAUAGUUUGCUUCCAGAGGAGAUAAUGGACACUGGUAUAACUUUAGUGGAUGAUGAUAGUAUUGAGGCUGUUAUUGUUUCAUCCCCAAUUCCCAUGGAGACAGAACUGGAAGAAAUUGUCAACAUAAAUUCUACUGGUGACUCUACAGCCACGCCCAUUUCCACGGAACCAAUCACAGUGUACAGUAACCACACUAACCAAGUUGCAGUGAAUACCACAAUUACUAAAGCAGAUUCUAAUACCACAGUGAAACCAGCUUUUCCAAGUGGCCUUCAAAAACUUGGUGCUCAGACUCCUGUGACUAUAUCAGCCAAUCAGAUUAUUUUAAACAAAGUAUCACAGACAUCAGAUCUUAAACUUGGCAAUCAGACCCUUAAACCAGAUGGACAGAAGUUAAUUUUAACAACUUUGGGCAAGUCUGGUUCACCAAUUGUUUUAGCACUACCCCAUAGCCAACUACCCCAGGCUCAGAAAGUUACAACUCAGGCCCAGUCAGGAGAUGCUAAGUUACCACCGCAGCAAAUUAAAGUAGUUACCAUUGGAGGGAGGCCAGAGGUGAAACCUGUCAUUGGUGUCUCAGCAUUGACCCCAGGAAGUCAACUGAUUAAUACAACAACUCAGCCCUCUGUGUUACAGACCCAACAGUUAAAAACAGUACAGAUUGCUAAGAAGCCUCGAACACCAACCUCUGGUCCAGUAAUCACGAAGCUGAUCUUUGCAAAACCAAUUAAUAGUAAAGCAGUUACAGGACAGACAACUCAAGUAUCACCACCAGUCAUUGCAGGUAGGGUUCUUUCACAGUCUACUCCCGGGACUCCAUCAAAGACCAUAACAAUAUCUGAAAGUGGUGUUAUUGGAUCAACUUUAAAUUCUACAACACAGACACCAAAUAAAAUAGCCAUCUCACCUUUGAAAUCGCCAAAUAAGGCAGUGAAAUCAGCUGUGCAGACCAUCACUGUUGGAGGCGUGAGCACAUCACAGUUUAAGACAAUUAUUCCUCUGGCAACUGCUCCCAAUGUCCAGCAGAUUCAAGUGCCUGGAAGCAAGUUUCAUUAUGUCCGACUUGUUACUGCCACAACAGCCAGUAGCUCCACCCAGCCAGUUAGUCAGAAUCCCAGUACAAACACUCAACCUCUCCAGCAAGCAAAGCCAGUGGUUGUUAAUACCACUCCCGUGCGGAUGUCAGUUCCUCUUGUCUCCGCCCAGACUGUCAAACAGGUUGUUCCCAAACCGAUCAAUCCCACUUCACAAAUAGUUACCACCAGCCAGCCACAGCAGCGGCUCAUCAUGCCUGCCACACCACUGCCACAGAUCCAGCCAAACCUCACUAACCUGCCACCAGGCACUGUGCUGGCCCCGGCUCCGGGGACAGGGAAUGUGGGCUACGCAGUGCUUCCAGCUCAGUAUGUUACUCAGCUACAGCAGUCUUCAUAUGUGUCUAUAGCAAGCAACUCAAACUUCACCGGAACACCUGGUAUCCAGACCCAGGCAAGGCUUCCAUUCAAUGGCAUAAUACCAUCAGAGUCUGCCAGUCGGCCCAGGAAGCCCUGUAAUUGUACAAAAUCGCUGUGUUUGAAAUUAUAUUGUGAUUGCUUUGCAAAUGGUGAAUUUUGCAACAACUGCAACUGUACUAAUUGUUAUAAUAAUUUGGAACAUGAAAAUGAAAGGCAAAAAGCAAUAAAGGCAUGCCUUGACAGAAAUCCAGAAGCUUUUAAACCUAAGAUAGGGAAGGGAAAGGAGGGAGAAUCAGAUCGACGUCACAGCAAAGGAUGUAAUUGCAAACGAUCAGGAUGUCUUAAAAACUACUGUGAAUGCUAUGAGGCAAAAAUAAUGUGUUCCUCAAUAUGCAAAUGUGUUGGCUGUAAGAAUUUUGAAGAAAGCCCAGAACGAAAGACACUGAUGCACUUGGCAGACGCAGCUGAAGUAAGGGUACAGCAACAGACGGCAGCGAAAACUAAGUUAUCUUCUCAAAUUUCGGACUUGCUUACUAGGCCAACACCGGCUUUGAAUAGUGGAGGAGGAAAAUUGCCAUUUACAUUUGUAACUAAGGAAGUAGCGGAAGCCACAUGUAAUUGCCUUCUUGCCCAGGCAGAGCAGGCAGACAAGAAGGGAAAAUCAAAGGCAGCAGCCGAACGGAUGAUACUGGAGGAAUUUGGACGAUGUUUGAUGAGCGUCAUCAAUUCUGCAGGCAAAGCAAAAAGUGACCCUUGUGCCAUGAAUUGCUAACUCUUGCACAAAAGACUGAUAAAUGAAACUGUACAGAAAAUUGAAGGUCCAGGGACACUUGAUUUUCUGGAAGAUAAUUUAACAAUGAUUGUACUGUUAAUUCAGUCCUUGUGUGACCUGAAGUUAUAAUAUUGAAAGAAGAAAUUUUAAAUGAGGAAAUUAAUACAUUUUAAAUCUUAGUUAAAUCUGUUUAUGCCCCUUCUAAAUUGAGUUUUUCUUUAUUGUAUUAUAUAGAUUUUUAAUUUGCAUGGGUUUCUUAAGAAUUAGAUGUUCUAUCCAUCUGAUGCUGUUGACAAAGGACAUUUAUAAAUUAAUAUAAUUUAUAAUGUAUGGCGUUGUAGGACUUUGCUCCAGUAGAAAAAGCCAGAGAACCAUUGGUAUUACCCAGUCAUUCUUUGGCAGUAGACCUAAGCAGAUAGAAUGUCUACAUAAACAAAUUCUUAUGAAACAUAUUCAAAUGACAUUUUUGUGUUUAGAAAAGCACUACCUUUUUAAGAAAAAACUUUUUAGCACAGAUUCUGGAAUAAUAUCGUGUUGUCACUUUGGGAAUGUCAGAAGGGGAAGGAAUCCAUAGGCAUACUUUUAAAAUUAAGAAGUUGUUUUUUAAGAAAAACUGUUAAGGGACAGGCAGUAGUUCUUGAUAGGCAAGGUUUCUCUAAGAAAGAGUGACUAAGAAAUGCUCUGGGAUGUUUCCAUUUUCUUUGAAGGAGGUGCUGUGUAUUUGAAAUGAUAUUAAUAAAUUGUCAAAGUGAUUACUGGGUACUAUGAAAAGUGAGAGGUGCAUAUGAAUAGAACUUAUUAUGUAGUGAUAAUACAGAAACUUACAUAAUCAUCAGGUAUAAAAUUUGACUUGGAGAAAUAAAGAACAUUGAAGCUCUAAUAAAUGAAUUGAGGGAAAGACUUUUCAUCUAUACAAUUCUCUUUAUAGACUUUUGAACUAAGAGGUCUCAAUCCAGUGUAGGAGUCUUAUUUGAUUUACUGAAAGGGCCUCCUAACAAAGCUUUCAAAAUUAUAGUGGGACUUCUUUUUAUAAGGGAAGCUUAAAAUGGCAUUAUUUUUAGCCAGUGAUUUGAUAAGCUGAAGGUAUGAGUGUUUUCUUAUUACUAAAAUAACCUAAAUCAUUUUCACAAAUUCAAAACUCAAGAGCUUUAUGAAUUUAAGAGCCUGUACGAGGACUCUGGAUUUUAUGACAAGAAAAACCAUGUUGAAUUCAGGCAUUUUGUUAGGUACCUUAAUCCUCAGUAAUUAUUAGUAUAUGAUUAUUACAUUUCCUACAAGGAAUCUAUAGUUGUAUGUAUUAAGUGUGUAUAUAUGUUCAUAUGAACAUGCAAGAUAUAGGCAAUAGAAAUUAAGUAAUCCAAAAGAAGAUUCCGUUAUUCAUUGAAGUAUCUUCCUUUUGAAAUUUGGAUUUAUAAAAUUAUAGUGCAGUAACUUUAAAUGUAGAUAGUGCAAACAUUCUUAGCACCUCAAUCUAGUAUGUUUAAUUAAAAUUUGUAUAAAUGUAAAUUAGUGUAAGAGGAUAAAAUAUCUAAUCAAGUUAUUUUUCAAAAGAUUACAAUACCUUUUUGGUCUAAACCUAAACUUUGUUCAUUUUGUACAUAUUCUGUGUUUAAUUCUAAUUGCACCUUUGUGAUGUGUAUUUAUAUACAGUGUGCAGAAAAUGUUUGUGAAAUUUGGAUUACAAUUGUAGAUUAUGUAUGACGGCAUUGCUUGAGAAUGUUUUGCUUGUAAAAACUUGAAGGUGCAAUCAAAUGCUACUAGUUUUUCUGAUUUUCAAGAAGCUAUCUAAAGUAUUAAGACUUUCCUUCCUGUGUAGUACUUACUAAGCAACUUUUUGUAUUUAGGCAUUUGCAUCAAAUUGCUGAACAAGAUUAAUAUCCACAUUAAUUCAACAAUUUUAAAAGACUAUUUGGGGAGGGUUGGGUAUAUAAUUUUUUUAGCUCUAUUUACAUCCCAAAGUAGAAAGAUUAAAUUUAUAUUUACUAGAGCUAUUCGAAGAAUACACUUUUCUAUAUUGUAAAAACAGGACAGCAAAGUAAAUCAUACAGAAAAUAAACAUUUAUACUAUUCUGUAAAAAAAAAAAAAAAGUUUGUUUUUUUUCUUUAAGAACACCACUUUUAACCAUUUAAUGUACCAGAAAAGAAACUUAAAAUAUCUGAUUUUAAGUAAAUUUGACAUUACUUCUGAAAGCACACAAAUAAUAAGUAUAAUUUUGCCCAAUUAUCAUUAACCCAAAAUUGCUUUGAAAUGAAAAUAGGCCUUUUUUCCACUGUGUAAGGGCAGAAACUCAGUCUACUCUUUCCUUUCUUUUUUGAUGUUUUUCUUUCUUUUUUAAUGUUUGAUGUUUUUAUGGUGAGCACCUUUCUCAGUUUCCUUUUCUUUCAAGAACAAAAAGCAACCUGUAGGUCUUAUCUGGGAAACAAAACCUUAAUGUUGCAGGUAAUAAAACAAGCAGAGCAGGGACUACUGCUUUAGCUUCCCAGUUCUUGGAUUCAGACAACUAACAUUUUCUAAAUCUUAUGUCAAAUGUGAAUAAAAAAAAUCUUUAGAAAAGUUUUCCACUUUUAUUGUUCUGUAACAAACAGCUAAGAGAAUACUUGUUAUGUAAACGCAGCUUCAAACUAGGAUCUCUACCAUCAUGUUGCAUCCUUUUUCAGCAUUUUCUGUAGAAAUUCCGUAGCAGCAACCCAAAGGAGAAGGAAGCCAAUCAGCUAUAGAAAGCCUUUACUAUUGGAGUUAUUUUCUACUGUGUCAAUUACUUAGGGCUGUGUGUGUCUGUGUGUGUUUCCUUAAUGCAGAUUUUGUCAUUAUCUAUAGACCAAAUGUGAGGUUUUUAUGAUCCAAAUGACUUUAUAAAAUGAAAGGUAUAAGGGCUUUUUAAUUAUAAUUUUUAAAUAGUUUUAUGAAAGCAUUUAGGGCAUUUUUUUUUUCUCAAAAGCAUUAAGAAAAUAUAUUCAGGGUAAUAUUUACUAUAAGGACAGAGACAUUUAACUCCCUGAUUAUAUUAUCAAAUGAAGUCUAGCAAUAGAUAAAAAGAAUGCAUCAUGACCAGGUUGGGUUUAUCUCCGGAAUAAAAAGUUGACAACAUUCAAAAAUAAUGUAACUCACUGCAUGGAUAUAAAAAAGAAGUAAAACUCUAUGAUCGUAAAAGUUGCAGAGAACCUUUUGAAUAUACUAAAAACUACUGAACUUUAAAAGGGUUAAUAUUACAAUAUGUAUAUUAUAGCUCAAAUAUUUUCCCAAAAAAGUUAAAAGGUACAGAAAAAUUAUGACAAAAUUCAGGACCCACUUAUGACUGAAAUGUGCGCACGCGCACACACACACACACACACACACUCUUCAGCACACCAGGAAGAGAAAGGAUUCUCAACCUGAAAAGACCAUUUACUAAAAAGCCUACAGCUAAUAUCAUAUGAAUGGUGAAGACUGAAUGUUUCCCCUGCUAGACUAGGAACAAGACACUCCUACGACAUUGUAUCGGAGGUUACUGUAUAGUAAGCAGGGGAGCACAGAUUGGAAAUAAGACAGUAUCUACUGGUCAACGUGACUGCCUAUAUACAAAAGUCAGUAAUCUUUAAAGAAAAAAAGCUAGAAAAAGUGAGUUUAAGCAAAGUCAAUAUGUAAAAUUGUAUUUUUACAUAGUAGCAACGAACAUUUAGAAACAAAUUUUUACAAUUAGCAUAGUAGCACCACAAAAUGUGAAAUGUAACAGAUAUAUACAAGAUCUGUAGGUGAAGUGUAGAAAACAUUGAUAAAAUCAGAGAAGACCUUAAAAAAGGAGAGAUCUACCAUGUUUGUGAAUUGGAACAUUCGAUACUAUGAAGAUAUCACUUCUCUCCAAAUUGAUCUUUAGAUUCCCCAAAGCUCCAGCCAAAAUCCCAGCAGGAAUCUUUGUAAAAAGUCAACAAGCUGAUUAAAGAAUAUAUAGAGAAAGGUACAAUUAGAAGAGCCAAACAUUUCUGAAUAACGAACAAAGGUGAAACUCCUACUUGACUUCAAGGCUCAUAUAAGGCUCAUCAGGUCACUGUGGUACUGGUGAAAUGUUAGACCAAUGGAUCAAUGGAACAGAACAGAGCCCAGAAGUAGACCCAUAUAUAUGUGGUCAAUUUCUUACAAAGGCUCAAAGGUAAUUCAGGGAACAAUAAUCUUUUUAACAAACACUGCUGAGAUAUCCAUAUGUAAAAUAUGAAUCUCAACUUCUACCAAAGACCAGAAUGAACUGAAAAUGGAUCAUAACCUAAAAAUGAAAAACCUAAAGCGACCAAAUACCUAGAAGAUAACAUGAGAAGAAAAAUCUGUGGCUUUGGGUUAGGCAACGUUUUCUUAGAUAUGAAACUAAGAAGUAUCCCUAAAAGAUAAAAACUGAUAAAAUGCAUUUUUCAAAAUUAAUGUCUGCCCUUCAAAACACAAUAAGAAAA